AUGGCUACCCCGUCUACCCCUCGCGAUCCUCAAAAGGACGUUCAACAACUCCCAGGUACAAACCGCUCUACUUACCCUUCCGUCUGUUCCGGCGCGCGCAACCCCGCCCUCGAAAUCACCCGCGAAGAGCACAACACGUCCGAUGCCGACAAAGACUCCAAGAUGCCCCCUCAGGAUGCGCCCGCCGUCCGCUUCGCUUCUUCCGUCGAAGAGAUCACACCUACCGUCACCACGACAUCACCGACCGAAACACACUCCCCCACCGAUGCCGCUACCGGAGAACACUCCAUCGCAGAGGUGACGCCUGACGACAUUAGAGCCCUCUCACAAUCCCUUCAAGGAGCACCGUUGCAGAAGCGUCGGAUGAAUGUCGUCGGCGGCUAUGAGCCAUACUCGCUGCCUGCAUCACGCGUCUGUUCCCGAGAAGACGAAUCCGACAACAGCAGAUUGCCGACCCCGAAUUCCAGUGGUCCGAAAUCGCCGCGUUUUGGUCCGAUGCACCCGAUGCAGUCACCUCCCCUGACCCCGGCGGGUACCGACCCCCAGGAUCCGGCCAAGAAGGCUGCGGAAAAUGACGACGACAAGAAGCUUCCCUCGAGCGAGCCCCAGGUUAUUACCCCGCAGGCUUCGUCCUCCCACGACCCCUCGCCGCCCUCAUCAACGAGAAAGGCCCUGCCCGUCCGAGCCAAGUCCAGCGAGCACGUUGCUCAGAGGUCAGCUUCCGCCGAAGAUAGGGAUCACGACACGAGGUCGCACAGGAAGGGCAUGUUCUCCAUCGGGCCCGGCGGAUCCGUACCUGUCUCUCGAGAAUCUAGUCCGUCCCGGGCUUCAAUGUACUACUCCAAGCCAAUGACUCCUGGGGGAGACGCCAACGACCCAUACGCUGCCCACAAGCGUCAACCGCUAGCCCCGAAUCCCCAGAAAGGUGCCAUUGACUCGAGAUUUGUCUUCUCUAGGAGGAAGAACAAGCAUGGAUCUCCCUCAGGUUCAACCUCUAGUCUGGGCCGUGCCUCUGAGAAACGUCACUCCGGUCUUUUGGGUAACCUGAAGGGGCAUGGAGAUGAGCUUCAGGUUCCUCACGACGACGCGGCGAGUAUUUCUAGCCGACCGGGCUCGUUUGCGGACCUGAAGCGCUUCUUCAAGGUCGGCGGUCACCACAAGAUGAAGCGGGAAGCUUCGCCGUCGUCAGUUCGUUCCGGUGCCAAGACCCCACCAGCGAAAUCCUCAUCACAUCAGCUUCCAUUUGGUGAUGAUCACGGCCUAACUUCGAAGUACGGAAAGCUUGGCAGGGUGCUAGGCUCCGGUGCUGGUGGAUCUGUGAGGUUGAUGAAGCGAAGCGAAGAUGGUGUUGUGUUUGCCGUCAAGGAGUUCCGCCCGAGACAUUCGUAUGAGACCGAAAAGGAGUACGUCAAGAAGUUGACGGCUGAGUUCUGCGUCGGAUCCACUCUUCACCACGGCAAUGUCAUUGAGACGCUGGACAUUCUUCAGGAGAAGGGCAAGUGGUAUGAGGUCAUGGAGUACGCUCCUUACGAUCUCUUUGCAUGUGUCAUGACUGGCAAGAUGACCCGGGAGGAGGUUGGAUGCUGCUUCCUACAGAUUCUCAACGGAGUGACAUAUCUGCACAGCAUGGGUCUUGCUCACCGGGAUUUGAAGCUUGACAACGUCGUUGUCAGUGAGCAUGGCAUCAUGAAGAUCAUCGACUUUGGGAGCGCUCAUGUCUUCAGUUACCCAUUUGAGAGCGAUAUCGUGCUCGCUUCAGGCAUUGUGGGUUCUGAUCCGUAUUUGGCCCCUGAGGUCUACGAUGAGCGAAAGUACGACCCUCAGGCGGUUGACAUCUGGUCACUCGCCAUUAUCUACUGCUGUAUGACCCUGCGAAGGUUCCCCUGGAAAGUCCCUCGUAUGACGGACAACUCCUUCAAGUUAUUUGCGGCGGAGCCAACUCCGGGGCACGACCCGAAGAAGCUGAUCAUGCCGUCUAAGUCAACCAAUGAUCUCACAAGCACACCACAACGGGAUAUGUUUGAGGAUGGCAAGCAUGAAAACAAGCAGCACCAGAAGUCGGAGAAGUCGGAACAAAAAGAAAGCGAAGGACAAGCGCCUCAAGGCACGACGACGACGACAAUCUCUUCGGGCCGCACCGACGGCCAGCAACAACCUGAAAAGAAGGAAGUGAUCCGGGGUCCCUGGCGCAUCUUGCGGCUGCUUCCUAGAGAGAGCAGACACAUCAUUGGGCGUAUGCUUGAAAUCAAAGUGAAGCAGCGGGCGACGAUGCAGGAGAUUCUGGAGGAGCCUUGGGUAGCGAAUACUGUUAUUUGCCAACAGCCCGAGCCAGGUCGUGUCAUUCACGCGGAGGAUCAUGCCACCUCCGUCCGCUCCAUCCGCUCCCUCGUCCCCCUCCUGGACCGCGUCCUCGUCCAGCGCGUCAAGGCCGAGACCAAGACCGCCAGCGGCAUCUUCCUGCCCGAGUCCAGCGUCGAGAAGCUCAACGAGGCCAAGGUCCUCGCCGUCGGCCCCGGCGCCCUCGACAAGAAGGGCAACAGACUACCCAUGGGCGUCAACCAGGGCGACCGCGUCCUGAUCCCCCAGUUUGGCGGUUCCCCCGUCAAGGUCGGCGAGGAGGAGUACCACCUCUUCCGCGACAGCGAGAUCCUCGCCAAGAUCAGCGAGAAAUAG